CAGACGCAYGCACACCUAGAAGUGUUCGCUGGUCAAAAUUCAAAUCAAAAGUCAUAAUCAAAUCAUAUCAGAAACAAACAAUCGUAGCCUAGACGAAAACGUCAACGAGUCAAACUACAGCCGUAAUUUGAAAUAAAGAUAGAAAAUGUCGACUUCUGUACAAAAUUUCAACAAAUCGCCAAGUGUCAUUGACUCCACAGCGGUAAUGUCGGCCACAGCCGUCGCUGCCAGCUCCGCCAUCCAACAGCUCUCGUCGAUAUCGCUAAUGCUCGAGUACGACAUUGACAACACGCUGAACACCAUCAAAGAGAAUGGUGUACAUCUUAUACAACAACAACAACAAGAACGACAAGCGCCACAACAAGCACACCAUCCGCAGAAGAAUGUGAGCCAACCACCGACCCAUACAAAUGAAGCUUUAAAAGAUAUCAAACCUSUGCUGCCACCAACACCACCAGCCACGCCUAACUUGGCGAAUACAGCGCGCAAACGCUGGAAGAUUUUAGCCAAAGUAUUGCGCAAAGAUUCCGAGGAGACAGUGUCGUCGUCGGGCGAGGAGUUCGGUGAGGAGCAAACGGCGUCAGUGCGUCGCUUCAAGUCSUUUGACUUGUUGCGUCAGGAUAGCUUCGAAGAUCAUAUGACACUGAACUGCCUGGGCAAACCGGAGAACUGGUACAAGUACAGUGUGCUGCUCGAUGGGGAGGRWCAGCAGGAGUUCACCGUUAACAUACAUCACGUGGAGCGUCAGCUAACAGCCAGUGACCUAAUGGGCUUCAAUAACACCGGCAAUAUUUGCGUGUGGCCCUCAGAGGAGGCAUUAACCGCUUACGUUCUAUCCGACGUCGCUGCGUAUAGUGAUAAAUGGAUAUUGGAAUUGGGUGGCGGAUUCACAUGCUUAGCUGGGCUUAUGCUCUCCAAGUACGCUAAGCCUUAUGCGGUGCAUCUCACCGAUGGCAACGAUGUGUCGGUGGAGAAUGUAAAGAAGACCGUAUGCUUGAACGAGCUCGCCUGCUAUACAAAGUGCUCGGUGCUCAAGUGGGAAGAUGUGAGUGCGCGUGCUAUGGCGGAGGCUGGGAAAUUCGAUGUCAUCCUCUCCGCCGAUUGCCUGUUCUUCGAUGAAGCGCGCUCGUCGCUGGUGGAGACGAUUUGGUAUUAUAUGGCACCCAAAGGUGAGGCGAUAAUAAUGGCGCCAAGACGUGGCAAAACCAUGGCGAUGUUUGUUAGCGAGUGCACGCGUAGAGGCUUCGCAGUAGAGAUAACACAGCGCUAUAAUGAGACCAUAUGGAAGCGGCACGAGGAAUUGAUGAUGACGUCCGGCUUGUAUGACGAGGACUUACACUACCCUGUGCUGUUGCGUCUGCGUAAGCCCUUCAUGGGAUAGAAGUGAAAAGUCUUAGGUUUGAUUAUUAGCAAAACAYGUGCAAUUGUAUACAAAAACCAAAAACAAUAACAAAAUAGUUCAUAGUCAUAUUGUAAGGAACCGAUUUUGUAUUAUUCCAAUAAUUCCAAACACUAAUGACGAAAUUAUAAAUUAGAGAUUUGUAUUAUGACAAAUAGUAUGUAAAUUUUUGUCGCGUUUUUAUGCGCGCAAACAAAAUGGUAAAUGCUUUAAAAGAUAUAGUACACAGGUUUUAUAGCUUUCCCAACUACACCAKAGGCCGGACAGCGGUUGAGUGGCGGUGCCUCGAAACCGGUGCUAAGGAAUAAGGGGUCUGCCUUGACUAGAAAUUGUUUAAAAGUGGAAGUGCAUAAACAGUGUUGCCAUAUUAUUAAUUAAACUCAUAUCUCACCGACUUUUUCCAACUAAAAUAAGCUUGUUAUUUUGAUUAAUUUUGAAUUUUUAUGAAAUUUUAUAUUUUUAAGUAGGUAUUAUUAUAUUAUGCUUUGUACAGAUAUUGUUAAACAUGUUUAUUUUACGUCCUAAGCCUUUUUCGAACUAWUUGUUUUGUUUUUAAAUGUCCAAUUUUUAGUCGUGACAUUUUCAAUAACCCAUAAAAGGGUUAGGUGAUUCCUUAAAUUAUAAAAUGAUGUGUCCUUACAAAAUUUCCUAAGUCCUAGUAUAAAUGAAAAGUAUUAUUUUAGAGUUACCAUUUGCAGUAAUUUUAGUAAAUGCACACAUUAGUUUAAACUGUAAAAAAAAAAGAAUUUAUUGCAAAAUUAAUUCAUAAUAUUAUGUAUAUACUCAAAU